AUGGCACAGAACAGUCCUUUACUACGGGUCUCUCAAUCUUCAUCACCAUCAGUCCUCGUCGGAUCAACCUCUGAUUCGUCGUCAGCAGAUCACAGCGCGAGCACGCUGUUGCAACCUGCACCCAGCCAUCACUACGCCGUUGAGGGGUUCUUCGAGCCUGAUCGCACGUUCCCCGAGGAACUAGAUCGAAUUCCCUCUGGAAGCUCAGUCCUCGACGCUGAAUCUGUCGUGGGAGAUUUUGGGAGGACAUAUCAUCAGUUCAAGCAGGGCCGUUAUCUCCUGCCGAACGACGGCGCCGAGCAAGAUCGUCUAGACUUCCAGCAUGCCGGAAUGACCGUACUUUUGGGAGGAGAGCAUUACCUUGCCCCAGUAUCAAAUCCGAAGCACGCCAUUGAUAUUGGGACUGUAACAGGUAUCUGGGCCAUCGACUUCGCUGAGAAGCACCCAGAGUGUCAAGUCGUAGGCAGCGAUCUGAGCGCGAUCCAGCCGCCGAAUGCACCGUCGAACUGUGCCUUUGUGAAGGACGAUGCCGAGGAAGAGUGGCUGUUCCCCUGGAAAUUCGACUUUGUCCACCUGCGGUUCGUGUUCACGUGCUUCAAUGACCACCGGCGCAUGAUGCGAGAAGCUUUCAAGUCGAUGAAUUCGGGGGCCUGGAUUGAGUACCAAGAUUUCCCCGUGACCCAGAUCGGUAGCAUGGACGGCCAGAUGGAAGGUUCAGCGCUUCAAAGGUGGGCUUUUUCGGUGAUGACGGGAAUGAAGACAGUCAUGGGCCGCGACAUAGACGUGGUCUCCAAUUAUGCCAUGUGGCUACAGGAGAUUGGUUUCGUUGACGUGCAAGAGAAAAAGCUGAUCUGGCCGCUAUUCGCGACGCAAGAAAUGGCGUGUUCCGGUUCCCCGGCAGUUGAGAGUCAAUGCCCUUUACCAUUUGAAUUUCGACAGCUGUUGCAAGAACGCUCACGGUUCAAAGAACGCUCCUACAUGACAUCCAGGAAUGAGCACAUUCCUCUCCUGCGAGACUCGGCUGUGGACCCCUACGCCAUACUCCUCGGCGAUUCUAUGAUUGAGCGUAUGCAGACCACAGGCCAGAGCGCAAGCCUUGACAUCUGGCCAUCUGAGACGUUGCUGAGUGACAUCUCGCUCCAAAGUCUUCAACAGUCUAGUACAACGGAGCUCCGACAGUACAACGGAGCUCCGACGACUCCCCAGGGUAUUCAACGCUGGAGUGGGGGGAGACAAGUUCGAAAACAUAUUGUACCGCCUCCAGGGCGAUCCAGAACGGCAACUUCCCGGGCUGGUGGAUCUGCUUGCGCCAUAUAA